CAACCCCAGAAAGGUUUAUUUUUUAUGCAUAUGAAUGGUGAGUGAGUGUGUGUACCUCAUGCCUUUCUGGUGUCCCUGGAAGCCAGAAAAGGGCGUUGGGUUUCCUGGAACAGGAGUUACAGAUGCUUGUGAGCCACCUUGUGGGCGCUGGUCCUUUGCAGGAGCAGGUGCUACUAACUGCUGAGCCAUUUCUCCAACCCCAUCAUUACUUAGGUGUCUAUGUGGGUGUGUGCUCAUGAGUGCAGUGCCAGGCCGCCCACAAGAGGGCGUCAGAUUUGCGGGGACUGAAUUGAGCCUUCUGGACUCAGGUGCUGGGAUCCUUUCCUGCCACAUCAACUAAGAAACUGCACUGAUGGUCCAAUUUUUAUUUGUAGAAGUGUGGGUUGUUCUCCCCCCUCCCCAUGUUGCUAUUUAAAAUUGGUGCCAGAGAAAUAGCUUGAGCGAAUUUGUGUAAUUUAUGUGCAGAGCCUCCGGCAAAGGUGUGCCACUUGCUGUCCCAGUGCGCAUGCGCCCAGAGUCUCAACACCUACCCCUCAGACCUUCCCAGUGCACACGCUUCGGAGCCCGAGGGGCGUGUUAGCUCUUCUCAAGUGCGCACGCGCUCAGGCACACAGCAACCCGUCUACUCGGCCAGAACGUCCGGUGGUGGGGCCGCGGUACCACCGAGAUGAGGCCUCCGGGCGGCCUAGAGGGGCCUGCGUGCGCUCGUGCUUCCGGGUUGGUGGUGUGGCGGGCUCUGGGGUGUAGAGGGUUCCGGCGAGUUGAUCGUCAGUUUACUGCUGGAGGUUCCCGGUUACGCGGGACCUUCUGUGCUCCCAGCCCGCCACAAGCGGACCGUCUUAGUGAGUUCCCCCGGAGCGCGGGGCGCCAUUCCAGCGUCCUUACAGCCUCCCUGUGCUCAGACCCACGUGCCCUGUGAGCGCACUGCAAACUGCAGAGUGGAGACCCGGUCUCGCUUAUCCAAAGCCAGAAGACAGAGAGCAAGAAGCCAGGGACACCAGGCAUGCUUCAAACCGCUUGGCCUCAGGAGUUGGUGACCUUUGAGGAUGUGGCUGUGUACUUCACACAGAGUCAGUGGGACGGCCUGCAGCCCGCGCAGAGGGCCUUGUACAGGGAUGUGAUGCUGGAGAACUACGCCCACGUGGCUUCUCUGGUUGAAUGCCCACCUCCCAAACCCAUUCUCGUCUCCCAGCUGGAGAGAGGAGAAGCGCCUUGGGCCACAGAUCCCUGGGCCUCAGAGUGCCUAAGAGGCUGUAGUCCUGAUGCUGAGUCUUGGACCAAGGACGAAGAGCCCUCUUUGAAGCAGGAAGCCUCUGGAGAGAGAGCAGCCUGCAGGGUGCCCAGGGGGAGGGUGCUCAGAACGGAUGCUCAGCACUGUGCCGGUGAGGACAGCAGGACAGUGAGGCAGAUGUUCAGUUCCAAACCAAAGCUGGUCCAUCGAGGAGGCAUGAAGUGCUAUGAAUGCAAAGAAUGUGGCAAGAUCUUCAGGUUCAACUCCAAGCUGCUUCGCCACCAGCUGAGUCACACUGGGGAAAAGCCCUUCAGAUGUAAAGAGUGUGGCAAAGCAUUCAAGUUCAGCUACGAAUGCGUCAUCCACGAGAAGAAUCACCUUGGCGAGGGGCCCUACGAAUGCAAGCAGUGUGGCAAAUGUCUGAGUUCCAACAGAUCCUUAACCCAGCACCAGAUGGUCCACAGCAGAGAGAAGCCCUACGUCUGCCAGGAGUGCGGCAGGGCCUUCGGGAGGAGCUCGUCCUUCCUCCAGCACCGGAGACUGCACACGGGGGAGAGCCUCUUCCAGUGCCAGGAGUGCUGCAAAGUGUUUGGCUACAGGUCCCAGUUACUCAUCCACCGGCGAGUCCACACAGGCGAGAGGCCUUACCAGUGCCUGCAGUGUGGCAAGGCCUUCUCGCACAAAGUGGCCUCCCUUCAGCACCAGAUAGUGCACACUGGGGAGAAGCCGUACGCGUGCAAGGCGUGUGGGAAGGCUUUCAAGUGGUACAGGAGUUUCGCUCAGCACCGGAAACUGCACUCCGUGGAGACGAAACCGACUCGGGGUGACCCAGCCUUAGCUCGGGCUCCUUCGCAGGAGCCAGGUGCUUCUUCUCCUGCAGCUGUGCCGCCCCUGGCCUUUCCUCCAGCUGUGCUGGUUCAGACCUCCAGCCCUUUGCUCAUGCUGCUGCCCGCAUCUGGAGGACCCUCCUCAUCUGCCCAGAUAACGCUCGUCUUCCAGGGCCUUCCUCCCGCAGUGAAGACUUCCCCGGGUUGAAUUCCUUCUCGGCCCUCUGCAGCUUCAUCUCAGCACUUUCCUGGGUCCUUCCACCAGCAGCUGGUGCCACAUUAGCUCUUCUUAAUGAAUCCACUUGAGGACUGCGUGGGUAGAGACCAGAGCACUGGCCCUGCGGACUCACAGCAAUGGCUGGGUCUGCACUGUGGUCUGCUGCACUUAGAGAGCCGGCAGGUUGAUUGUGAACCUUGACUGGCCUGUUGUGAUAGAAGCAACCUGCCUGGGGGCCUGUGAGAUGGCUUGUCACCAGGCCAUACGGCCUGAGUUCCAUUCCUUGGGAUCCACACAGUAGAAGGAGAGAACGGACUCUCCCAAGUUUUCCUCUAAGCCUCCACAUGGGCAGGCACCCUGGCACAAGUGCCACCUUACACACACACACACACACACACACACACACACACACACACACAUAAGGAAGAAGCGUGCUAGGAGACAUGUAACACAUGCAGGAGUAGAGAAUUGGAAUGAGCUUCUGAUAAUGCAUUUUAGAAUUUAAUACAGAUUAUUUUUUUCAGGUUUUCUCAGUUUUGUUUUUAUGUGUGCACGUGCGUGCACACGCAGGUGUCCUCACAGGCCAGAAGUAGGGGUCAAGCCCCCAUUUACAGGUAGCUGUAAACAGCCUGAUAUGGGUGCUGGCGACUGAACUUGGGGGUCCAGGAAGAACAGCAGGUGCCUUUAACUGCUGGGCUGUCUCUCCAGCCUGACUGCAGUCUUCAGCGCUGCAGUGGCGAUAAUGUGGGGGUGCGGGCACCACUGGCCAUGUGCUGCCUCUCAGAGGUUUUGAGGACCCCCUGCAGGGACAGUGAGAAUUCAGGGGUGCACUAACGCCUGCGAUACCAUUGUGUGCAGUCCUGUCUUUACAUAGAAAGGCUCUUCCUUUGGUUUUGUGCCUUAUGUCUAGCUGUUUCUCUCCAGCAUUUGUUUUCAUAAAUAAAUAUGCAGAAAUGUCUUA